UCCAGUUCGUAGAAGACAGCUAAUUGUUUUGAACAGCAGGACUAAAACAUCCCGACACUGGAUGUCAAACUGCUGGCAUGACGGCCGUGAUUGGAUGACAGAAAGUAAAUCUGCUGGGCAAAUCCCCUCAUGGCUCAAGCUGUGAUUUGGAUUGGAGCGAUUUGUUUUCACAGUGAACCUGCCGAGAUGACUUCUGUCACUGUCCAAACCACGACUGCGGCAGGCUAUGAAAGAGAUUGUUUAAUUAGGACGACAAAGACUGGACUCAACUUGCACCGCUCCGUCCCAGCGUGCUGAAAAAACGCACCAACUGACAGGCUAACUCAACGGCAACUCUAUGCAGGUGCUAUGGCCGAGAUGUGAGAAGGGGUCAUGCCUUUGGUCAAGAGAAACAUUGAGCCUCGGCACUUGUGUCACAGUGCAGUGCCUGAUGGGAUUGGCAACGAGCUGGAAUGUGUAACCAACAACACGCUGUCCGCCAUCAUCCGCCAGCUCAGCAGUCUGAGUAAGCAUGCAGAAAAUGUUUUUGGGGAGCUUUUUAACGAGGCCAACACCUUUUAUGGGCGUGCCAACUCUCUCCAGGACCGAAUCGACCGCCUGGCCAUCAAGGUCACCCAGCUGGACUCCAGCGUGGAGGAGGUCUCUCUUCAGGACAUAAACAUGAGGAAGGCAUUCAAAAGCUCUACUGCCCAGGACCAGCAGGUUUUAUCCAAGGACAGCACUCCAGACUCUGUGGCUGAGAUGCACAGAAGAAGCGACAGGGCUCCUCCACUCAGCACCCUGACUGCCUACAGAGAGGAUUCCACUGAUGCGAUGAAAUUCUACUCAGACCCGUCGUACUUUUUUGACUUGUGGAAGGAGAAAAUGCUGCAGGACACAGAGGAGAAGAGGAAAGAAAGGCGGAGGCAAAGGGAGCAGAAGCGAUGCGUGGAAAGCAGCACCCUCCAGCGCGAGGUGAAGAAGGUGAGGAAGGCUCGAAACCGCAGGCAAGAGUGGAACGUGAUGGCAUUCGACAAGGAGCUUCGCCCAGAUCACCGCCACCCGCAGACUCUCCGUCGAGGGGCAUCAUCGGAGGGCUCGCUCUCGCCAGACGGCAGGCCUGACCUCCCAGAUUACCCCAUCCCACCAGUGCCUCCCCACGCUGUUUGUAAUUAUGCCAAGUCACAUGAUUACGUGCCUGGGAACGCACACCCGUCACCACCUGUGGAGCAUGAAUACCACAGCAUUGACGUCAACUACAAGAGAGUAACCUACGACACAGCAGAGCCUCACGCUGCAGAACGCAUGAACGGCUCAACACAUCCACCUGCAGAUUACAACUCCAUCCCUCCACCUCCUGCCCCAGGCCCACCCAUCCCAUCAGCCCAGACAGCAUUUGGUUUUCCUAUGGGCUCACUACCACCAACACCACAUAAUGGAGUUUUGCACGUAGGCCCAGGCUACCUGCUGCCACCUGUACCUCCUCCGGCGCCGCGCGUGGUCCCUCCUCCCCCAGGCCCCCCACCUCCACCCCUCCCUCCUCCAGCUGCACCCUCACACCUAACAGGACAGGGCGAAGGUGGCAGAGCUGAGACAAAACCUGUGAGAGAUGCAAGAAGUGACCUGCUGUCCGCCAUCCGCAUAGGCAUCCAGCUGAAGAAAGUCCAAGAGCAGCAGGAGCAGCAGAACAAGCGUGAGCCAGUGGGGAAUGAUGUGGCCACCAUCUUGUCUCGACGUAUUGCCGUGGAGUACAGUGACUCUGAAGAUGACUCUGAGUUGGAAGAAAAUGAGUGGUCGGACUGACCACUUGGCUGAAAUUUUGCUUUACUGGAUCAUCAAUACAAAUAAAGCAAAACUGUGAUUCCUCCAUUCUGGCUUCACCUAGAGGACCCCACAUACCAACCCACUGCUGCCAGAGUACUUUUACUUCAUCUUGUGUUAUUAAUAUAUGCUGCCACAUGCAUUUUUUAUGAGGAAAUAGCAUGAGUGAGCACUGUGCUUCUGAAACAGAUCUAUUAUAUACAGUUUACUGAUUAAUUGUGAUAAAUAAAUGUUUAGUUUUCUACUGCUAAUGAAAUGCUUUCUAACUUAAGUUAGAUAAAAGCUUUUUCUAACUUUAGUCUAAACGGUAUGUUCUGAUAAAGUGUCUUCUCCUAAUAACAAUCUGACACCUUGAACAUAGCAUAGCAUCACUCCAUUGAUGAAAUGAGCUGUAGACCUUAAAAUGGACAUUUCCGGUGCUCGUCGUUUUUCACUGAAGACAUUUUGACGAGUCACAGAAACGUGCAGCUCUAAAUAAUGGAAUGAUUGGCUAAUUUCCAUGUAGCUGCUUCAGUUUCAGGGUAUUGUGCAUGUCAACUCACUGUCAUGCUGUGAUGGCUAAGUUACUCACUUCAUUAGAACAGAGUCAAUGCUUUUCCUGUUAUGACAGUCAAAUUCUCAAAGACUUGUUAUUUAUUAAUGAUUGCAACAAGAUAAAGUAAAAUCCUGAAGGAUUUCAGUAUUUAUUUAUUUAUUCAUUUAUCAAUUUAUGGAAUUUCCCAUUCCUGAUAAUAUUCUGGAUUAAAUAUAACUGUCCCUAUAUCAUGUGAGUGUUUGAUGCAUAAUUCCAUUAUGUAUUUUGUAAUUACUACCUCAGUUUGUGACCAUUUCACUGUCCUACAGUAUUCUGUCUUGAACA